AUGCGUCUGUCACCAUCUUGGUACCAGUUCCUGGUUGGCGUGUUCGCCUCCCUUGGUUCAUUCCUCUACGGAUAUGAUUUGGGUGUCAUUGCCGAAGUCAUUGUUUGCGAUUCAUUCGUUGAUAGAUUUGCAGCGGAUUCUACACAAAGCGGUCUUGUCGUCUCUAUGUUCACAUGUGGUGCCUUCUUCGGCGCUGGUUUCGCCGGUCCCAGUGGUGAUUACCUAGGCCGACGCAAGACAAUUUCCCUUGGUUGCUUGCUCUUCUGCUUGGGAGGAGGUCUUCAAACUGGUGCACAGAAUAUCUCGUUCUUGUACAGUGGACGAUUCUUUGCUGGCUUUGGUGUCGGUUUCCUUACCAUGGUCAUCCCACUCUACCAAGCCGAGAUCUGUCACCCCAGUAUCCGUGGUCGGGUCACAGCCCUGCAGCAGUUCAUGCUUGGAGUCGGCUCUCUCUGCGCCUCGUGGAUUUCCUAUGGCACAUAUAUUGGAUUUUCUCCCACCAAUGACGCCCAAUGGCAGCUGCCCCUUGGACUUCAGAUGCUGCCUGCUGUCUGCCUGGGUUUCUUGAUCAUGGUGUUCCCCGAGUCCCCUCGUUGGCUCAUCGACCAUAACCGCGCCGAGGAGGGCCUCAAGACUCUGGCCAAGCUGCAUGCCCACGGCGAUGAAAACGAUGCUUGGGUUCAAGCCGAGUACUCCCAAAUCCAGGAGAGCAUUACCUUUGAGCAUGAGAACGAGGCCAAGUCAUACGCCGAGCUGUUCACGAACCGGUCUUCAUUCCGUCGUCUGUUCCUGUGCUGUGCUUUGCAAGCUUCUGUCCAGAUGACCGGUGUUUCCGCUAUCCAGUACUACUCCGUGACUAUCUAUGAGCAAAUCGGUAUCUCCGGUGAAGCCACUCUCCGCUACCAAGCCAUUAACUCUAUCAUCGCGCUGGUCGCUCAAUUCCUUUGCAUCCUGUUCAUCGAUCGCUUCGGUCGUCGCUGGACUCUCAUCGGAGGAAAUCUCGGUAACAUGGUGACCUUCAUCGUCGCAACGAUCCUUCUAGCCAAAUUCCCGCCCACCACCAACAGCACAGGUGCUCACUGGGGCUUCAUCAUCAUGACCUGGCUUUACAACUUCUCUUUCAGCGCAACCUGUGGUCCUCUAUCAUGGAUUAUUCCUGCUGAAGUCUUCGAUACCAGAACACGGUCUAAGGGUGUAUCGAUCGCAACUAUGACCUCGUUCGCGUUUAACACCAUGAUCGGUCAGGUCACGCCGAUUGCCAUGGCAAACAUUAAGUAUAAGUACUACUUCCUCUUUGUGAUUUGCAAUUUCACGAACGCGUUGUUCUUCUACGCGCUUCUGCCGGAGACCAAGAAGGUGCCGCUCGAAGAGAUGAAUUACAUGUUUUCGCAUGCGCCGUGGAUUGUGCCCGGUACCAAGAAGGAGGACUACUUGCCACAUGAUUUGGAGCGGAAAGUUGAGGAGCAGGAGGUCAAGCAGAGUGCGAUGCAUUAUGAGUAG